AUGACUCAUCAAAUCUCGAUAUCACUUUGUCUUCUUCUGUUUGUUACAUAUGUUCAAUGUACACCGUGCGAUAUUCUCGAGAAUAUGUUGUGUGAAUGUCAUACAUCUUUCCAUGGUGAAAGUGAACAUUUGAUAUGUAAUAAUUUCAAUAAAACAAUAAAUUCAACAAUAAGAUUAACGAAUGCGAUCAAACAAACGACUCGCUCGUUUGACUCGAUUCAUUUAACAUUUUAUGAUAAAGAAUUCGUCGUUAAAUCAAUGUUUAUUAAUGAAUUAUCCCAUUUGUUUCCUCGAACAACUUCUUUAACAGGAAAUAAACCGAAAUCAUCGAUCAAAAUCACCUUAUCGUUCCAUAAUUUUCUUCAAUUACAAUUCGAAGACUAUUCUUUCUAUGAAUUAUUUGGCGACAAAUCCGAUCUUAAAACCACAUUUACAUUAGAAUUAACAUCCAAUGGUCGAAUUACCUUCUCACCCAUGGCAUUUCAUCACAUAAAGGUUGAUCAAAUGUUUCUGCAUAGUUCAUCCGUCGAACCAUAUUCGUUCGAGGAAAUAUUUAAUAAUACAAAUAUUGGCGAUUUGACAAUUGAAGGUUGCACACCGCGAAGUAAUGAGACAGCGAAAAUGAAUUUCAACGGUAAAAUUCGCCUAGCGAAAUUCACCAAAAUGGUCGAGACGGUGUCCAGUGAAGAAUUUCCUGAUUAUCCCGUGCGUUCAAUGAUUAUCGAAGCGCAUGAAGCACGAAAGCUGAAUGCUUCAUCGUUUACCAACUAUCGGAAUUUGUACGGAUUGCAUUUAGUUCGUCCGAAGUUCUUCUUCGAUAGUCGUUCAUUUGAUGGUUUUCAAUACUUGACCGGCCUUGAAACAAUUGAACUCGACGCUGAAACACUUAAAGAUCAUACAUUUCAACAUGCAUCCCGUAUACAAUCGUUUACUCUUGGUCCGAAUACACGUCAUCUCACUGAACAUUCACUGGACGAUUUAAACUACUUAACACGUUUUGAUGCGUCGAAGGUGAUUCUCGACCAAUUGUAUCCAUCAUCACGAUGCGUUCUCGCACGGUAUAUUGCCAAACAACAAAAAGCAAAUCCAACAAUGACAAUUCUGCCACCACAAGCCGAAUAUUGUGAUUGUAUACAUGAUUUCAUAUUAACAAUCUUAGAUAAAAAACCUGAUCAAACAUACACAGAUCUUUGUUCAGAUAAUCAACAAGAACGUUGUCAAUUAAGUGAAUGUAGUAUUGUGAAGAAUUUCCGUAUACCGCCGAGAGAAAAGGCAACAGAUGAUGAUAAUGAUGGAUUGUUCUCAACACAUCCAAUGCCAUCUUAUGUUCAUCGACAUCCAUCACAAACAAAUGAUAAACAUGAUCAAAGUGAAUUACCUCAUUCACAUAUACAAGACUCUCAAACAUCAGCAUUGAAAGCGAAUAAACCAGUCGAUCCAAAUGCAAUACCGACAGACGAUGACGACGAUAAUGGGAAUCCUUCAACUGUCGGAGGCAAAACUUAUGAAGAACGGCGAUUAAUAUUAAGAAAUGAAACGUUAAAAUGGAUAACAUUGUCGCUGAUAUGUAUCACAAUUCUUUGUUUACUUGUCGUUGGCACAAUCAUUUGGUUUUUUCAUUUUCGUCCGUCACAACGCUACAACAAAGCUGGAUUCCAAGUAGUUCAACCAAAUAACUCAAAUGUUUAG